UUUGUUUUGUUUUGAAUAACAACAGAAAAGAUAAGUGGGUAGUUACGAAGUUGUAUUUUAUUUUGAAAAAAUGCCCGCUUUUUUCUAAUUUUUUAUUACAAUCAAAUUUAUUUUUUAACUUUAAAUAUACAAUUUUGUAUUAAUCUACAUUUAUUCUUCAUUAACAAAAUAUGCUACCAUCUUUAAAAGGAGUUUUUCCCAAACCAAAAACUCAACAUAAACGUGAUUUUCUUCGUGAAAAUAAACUUCAUUUAAAAGAUUUACAAAGAAAUUCAAGUCGUCAACAAUUGGCACAAAAAGUUGAAGAGGAAGAACAAAAAUUAGCCGAAUUAAGAAGACGCCAGAGAUUGCGACACAAAUCAUUAGAUGCAAGACAAUUCCCGGUAACACAGAGGAGACCCAGUUCAGGAUGUUCUUGUGAUUGUGGGAAGACAAUCCAAACUGAAGUUUCUGGUAGACCGGAAUCGACAGUUUCAAGAAAAGUUGAGACUUGCACAAGGGAAGUACAAACCGAUUAUAUUCUUGAUGAAGAGUUCCUUUAUCAGGCUCUGAAGAGGUGCUCAUCGACUGAUAUAAGACUGGAAGGAUUAAGCGGGAAAGAUUCACAUACUGAUUACCCCCUUAAUCAAACACAACUACCUGAUCCGAUGCCAGAUAAUCAUUCUGAACCUGAUUUUCAUUUUGAGAACCUAGCAAUAGACACAGAAAGACUUCCUCCAACUGCCAGCAGCACUCAAAUAAGUACUAAAAGAACAACAAGAAGAGUACAUGAACUCGGAGACCGACAAGAUGUCCGUUUGCCAAAAUAUUUGGAAAGACAAAAGCGAGAAAAGGAAGAACAAAAACAAAAAGAACUCCAAAGGGAUAGGAAUUGUCCUUUUGGAUAUGAGCCACUGACUGAAGAAGAACGCAUAAAAGCUCUUAAUAUAGCACAAAAAAAAUUUCAAGAUCUUGUUGGCGAACUGAAUCGAAUGCCAAUGACAACGGAAACCCUUCGUAUUCGAGGACGAAAAGUUGAAAUUGAACGUGAAUUGGUUGACCUCGAAAAUGAUAUUCGAAUAUUUUCAAAACCUAAAGUUUACGUCAAAAUGAAUGGAGUCUUUUGAAAAGAAUACAAAAAUCCAACAUAAAUAUGUGACUAGUUUUAGUUUGGUUUUAUACAAUGUCUUUUUACUGUGAUCCUUAUCUCUACCAACGGCAACAGUGUAAUAAAUUUUGUUUCGAUCAAUUUCGAAUGAAAUUCA